ACACAGAGAGAGACAGGCACACAUACACAGACACAGACAAACACACACACUCGGUGCUAUAUCUGAACCCCAUCUUUCUAAAACUCCACUUGACGCAAUUAUCAAUUGCAAGUUGACAAGGAAGAAAAUAGUAAAUAUCGCUCUCAUAAAAAAUUAUGUUCAGUCACUGAAUAUUUUUUUUUUUUUUUUUUUCAGUUGACAAGAAGUUUGCGCAAUAAAUACUGCCUGGAUGUUACCUCAAUUACCUCACUACUUUGCAUUGAGAAAAGAAACGUUAUUGUGAUUUAAAAAAAAGAACAAGUAAAUUUCCCCCAAAAUGCGCAGCUGCAGCAGACUAAAGAACAUCGUGCCAGUGAAUGUGUUCCCAGUCCACUGUCCUCUCCGUGUUGUUCCAGCCAGGGCUCCAUUUCACAGCGAGAGGGCGGAGAUUGAAUAUUCAGAUCCGCUGAGUGACAGCUCGGCUUUUCCACGGGCUCCUUCCUCCAACUCCUCACAUCAGAGUUCAGGCUACUAAAAACAUCGGACGCUAGGGGAUCGACACGUCGCCUGCCUCUAUGUGCAGGGCUCUUUACUGAUCUUUUUUUUUUUGUUGGGGGGGGUCGCGUUUUCAUUAUUUUAAUUUUUAAUUGUCUGAAGAUCCGUUUAGUGGGCUCAUUAUUCUACAGAAGUAAAAAUUUUCCGUGCUUUCCUCUUUGGAAUCAGCAGCAACAGACCCUCAGUGAGGCAUGUCUUACCCCCAGGGUUAUCUCUACCAGCCGCCGGGCUCCUUGGCUCUCUACUCCUGCCCGGCUUACGGGGCUUCAGCCCUGGCGGCCCCGAGGAGCGACGACUUGGCCAGGUCGUCCAGUGGAUCAGCGUUUAGUCCUUACCCCGGAUCAGCUGCUGCCUUCACGGCUUCAGCCAGCGGCUUCUCCAGCCCAAUGACAUACUCCACAGACCCUGCCACGGGAUUCCCUUCCUACAUGAGCUCUCCUUACGACGCGCAGGGCAUGGCCGGGGCGCUCAGCUACCACCCCUACGGUAGCCCGGGAUACCCUUACCAGCUCAACGAUCCGGCCUACCGCAAGAACGCGACCCGAGACGCCACCACCACCCUGAAGGCCUGGCUACAGGAGCACAGGAAGAACCCUUACCCCACUAAGGGAGAGAAGAUCAUGUUGGCCAUCAUUACUAAGAUGACCCUGACGCAGGUGUCCACCUGGUUCGCCAACGCCAGGAGGAGGUUGAAGAAGGAAAACAAGAUGACGUGGGCUCCGCGGAAUAAGAGUGAGGAUGAGGACGAUGGAGACGGAGAGAGGAAUGAUGACCGCUUGGAGAAAAAUCUGGACAACAGCGAGACGUCCGCGGAGGAUGAAGGUAUCAGUUUGCAGGUUGACACCCUCACAGACCAUUCUUGUUCCGCGGAGUCUGAUGGGGAUAAAGUGAGCUGUCGGGUCGGGGACGUGGUCUGUGAGUCUGGAUCAGACAGUAAGGACAAAUGUGAGGAUGAGGAUGAUGAUGAUGAUGAUGAUGAUCACGAACUGGAGAAUGGGGAACGACACCGAAGCCUGUCACCUAAACCCGUGACAUCAUCACCACUUACAGGGCUCGAGGCCUCGGUCGUAAACCAUCACCACCGGGAAAACAACCACAACAAAUCGUGUCUUGACAACCGAAUCUCAGGUCCUCACAAUCAAGCCGUCAAACCCAAACUGUGGUCGUUAGCUGAGAUCGCUACUUCAGACCCGAAGCAGCAGCAGCAUCACCCGGGGCAGACUUGUCCAUCUCUCGGUCUUCUAACCUCCACCUCCUCUACUCCCUCGCCGGCCGUCCCUGGCGCUGUGUACUCCGCCUCUUCCAUCCUAGGACGACCCAUCUACUACACGUCUCCGUUUUACAGUAAUUACACAAACUAUGGUAACUUCAGCCCGCUGCAGGGUCAAGGGAUUCUGCAAUAUAACGACGGACUCACACAGACUGCUACUGAGGUCAACACCAUGCAUAAACACACCACUGACUCUCUGCUUAAAACUAACUCUAAUCACGUCGAACAACAGUUCAGACCCUCACAUUUAUACUCUAAGAAAGGUACGUAACAUGCAAUUAUAGUUUCAAAAAUAUUGACUUUUAUUUUAUGCAUUUUUAAAUUCACUUCAUUGGCCUUUUGACUGAAUAAGUGAUGUAUUGAAAGAACAUCCACCCUUUUUGUCCGUAGCAGAAGGCUUAUGAAGGCCUCGGUGUAAUCAGUGCUGGUAUUGGCCUGAGUUGGUGGUAGCUGUAAUAUCAGCCUGUGUGUCAGACUGUCUCUCAGGGCAAUAAAGCAAAGACAUGUUGUCUUCUCAGAGGUUGUAUUAAACAGAACGGAUUGAAACCUGCUCACACAGUAGGAACGCAGCAUUACUUAAAAACAAGUUCCACAAAAAAAAAUAUAUAUAUCACUUCAGUUGGAUUGGUUAUUAUGGACUACAAAAUGAUGGUGUUUUAUAAUUGGUUACACAUGAAUUAGAUACCAUCAUGUUUUAUUUUAACAACAGUUGUGUAAUUUUUUAUUAUAGUAUCAGUGACUGGUGGGCCACUCUGUUAUUUAAGACCUUUACCUCUGCAACCUCUGCUCUUCCUUAAUACAACCUGGGAAGGACUCUAGGACCAUCUCUGUGGGCUAAAGGUGAGGUUCUAAAGGUCAUGUUGUGGCUCUGAUUCAGGUUUAUAGGUUGGUGUCACAAUUGCUUUGACUAAAGCCCCCAAGCCAUCACCCUUGGACCGUGGUCUUAACACUAACCUAACUAACCUUUCUCUAAAGGGGAGAGAGCUGCAUCUUGCUCCUCAGACAAGACGCCUGGCCUGCAGCACUACAGCUGUUCUCCUCAGAGACAGGCCCGAAGGAUUAAUUAAACCUGAUUCAGGGUUGGGGGAUGAAUUAACCCUGACUUAUUCUAUCAUUUCACUUUCGUUUUCAUGAGAUGUGCGUUGACUGGCUCAGUAAAUAUCCCGCUGUAUGUGAUGAUUUUGGAAGACGUUAUUUCUCAGGAUGCAUCUGCUUCAUUGCCACGGUAUAUUAUACUUUAUAAUGAAGAUAAUAUUAGGUAUAUUAUACUUUAUAUGAAGAUAAUAUUAGGUAUACUAUACUUUAUGUGAAGAUAAUAUUAGGUAUACUAUACUUUAUGUGAAGAUAAUGUUAGGUAUAUUAUACUUUAUAUGAAGAUAAUAUUAGGUAUACUAUACUUUAUAUGAAGAUAAUAUUAGGUAUAUUAUACUUUAUAUUAAUAUAAUAUUAGGUAUAUUAUACUUUAUAUGAAGAUAAUAUUAGGUAUAUUAUACUUUAUAUGAAUAUAAUAUUAGGUAUAUUAUACUUUAUGUGAAGAUAAUAUUAGGUAUACUAUACUUUAUAUGAAGAUAAUAUUAGGUAUAUUAUACUUUAUAUGAAGAUAAUAUUAGGUAUAUUAUACUUUAUGUGAAUAUAAUAUUAGGUAUACUAUACUUUAUGUGAAGAUAAUAUUAGGUAUACUAUACUUUAUGUGAAGAUAAUAUUAGGUAUACUAUACUUUAUGUGAAGAUAAUAUUAGGUAUAUUAUACUUUAUGUGAAGUCAAUGUUAGGUAUACCAUACUUUAUGUGAAUAUAAUAUUAGGUAUAUUAUACUUUAUGUGAAGAUAAUAUAAGGCAUCUUAUUUGUAAAGUAUGUAUGAGGGACUGAUGAACUUGAGGAAGUGGAAUACAUUUGAUAUUUAUUUUUUUAAUGAUGGGAAAAUGCUGCCUAUAAUUUAUGCAAGUUGUAUUGCAAUGGACACUGAACAUUGUUUUGUAAAUACAUUAUUCCCGUUUUUAUUUGAAACGCAUUUGAAAGUUACACAAUCUUGUUAACAAGAGUACUUUUACUAAUUUAUAUCUUAUUGUAAAUUAAACGCGCUAGUGUGCUGCACUGGCGAGUUAGUGCUAUUUAUUAUUCAAAGGAAAAACCAAAUUAAAAUGUUUUCCUCUGUA